CCUGUGUUUACUUCCGCCGGCGUCGCUGGCAGCCAGGGGGGUGCAGCACGUGGGGAGCCAUGCGAGAGGCAAUUCGGGGUAGCGACCCUGGGUAAGAUUGGGGCGCAGCGUAGGGGGAGACCAUGUGGGGCGCAGUGACAGGGCUCUCUUCGCGGCCGACGCUCGCAGCUUUGAACGGCGUUGGUCGCUUCUGCAUUCUGGGAUCCGGGGCGGCGAGGAGGAAGGAUGUGUCGGCGAGGAAUUGCCAUGGCUUAUCCGAUUUACACUCCAGUCUGGAUUUCGAAGAAACGCCCUUGUGGCCGUCCGGUUACCGCUUCGACCCCAAGCGUUACGUAACCUCUCCGAAAUUGGUUAGGACCGUGACAAAGAUUCUACAGAAACCUCAAAAAACUUGCCAGGUCUUCCUGGAGUGCAAUCCAGGUCCUGGACUCUUGACUAAAGCAUUUGUUGAAAGUGGUCAUAAAGUGGUUGCCCUUGAAAGUGACAGUACUUUUAUUCCACAUUUGGAGUCCCUACAAAAUAAUCUGGAUGGAAAACUACAAGUGGUUCACUGUGACUUCUUUAAAAUGGAUCCUAGAAAUGGUGGAAUAGUGAAACCUCCUAUUAUGAUUUCACAUACGCUUUUUAAGAAUUUGGGAAUAGAAGCAGUUCCUUGGAAAGCAGGUAUCCCAUUUAAAGUAAUUGGAAGCUUCCCAAUUAAGAAUGAGAAAAGGAUGCUUUGGAAAAUUUUACAUGACAUAUAUUCUUGUUCUUCUAUAUUUAAAUAUGGUCGAAUAGAACUAAAUAUGUUCAUUAGUGAAUCGGAAUAUCAGAAACUCGUGGCAAGUCCUAGAACUGCACCCUUCUAUCAACCUUUAAGUGUGCUCUGGCAAGUAGCUUGUGAUAUUAAGCUUCUGCAUGUGGAGCCUUGCUCAUCAUUUGAUCUGUACACCCAAAAUGGGAUAUUGGAAAAGUCGGGUUAUAGGGCGGCCUUAAACCAAGUACAACAAAGAAUCUGUUUUGUUCGAUUGACUCCUCGUAAAAAUUUAUUCACAGAAUACUUGACACCUAUUAACUAUGAUACCUUUUUUCACAUGACGAAGCAGUGUUUUGUAAAGCGCAGUGCCAGGCUAUUGGACCAUUUACCUUCAUUGAGUCCAAUUGAUACAAAGGACCUACUGAAGAGACUAAAUCAAUUUGCUAAGUUGAGAAUAACAAGAAUGAACCCUAAAGACUUUAAACAACUUUUUGAAACUAUAGAGUGUUUCGAUGAAUAUACCUACAAAUGGUUAUAUGAUGACAUCAUGGAAGAGGUAUCCUAGUAGGAAACUGCACUGUCAAGACAAGCUGGAGCCAUUUAUUUAUUUGGAAAUCAUCACACAGAUGAAAAGCUAAUUGGAAAAGCUCACAUGCUUUCACAGAAGAUAACUGUUCAGGUUUUAUGAAGGCCAAGUAGAUAAUUUCUUCUAAAGUUGAUCCCAUUAGUGUUGGAUAAAAUAAUGACUUGUUUUAUUUACAACUAAAUAAAAUGAAAACUUCAGAUAAUUUUAAAUUUGAUCAGUUGAAUUUGUUUUGUUUUAAAUUCCUAUCUACUGUAAACAUACUGAUAAUUGUAGUAUAUUUUCAGGUGAAGUUUAUUUUACUUUUAAAAAUCCUUUCAUGCCAAACAUCUUACAUUGUAUUAAUUUAACUAGUACACUUUUAUUCUUUAUUUUUGCUCCUCCAGAGGGGCAAAAGAGUUUGUAUAUUAUGAAGUUGAGAGAGUAAAUAAAACUAAUUUUGGUGGCUUUAACUUUUCAAUUUAUUGAAGUGUACUAUCAAGUACUAUACAAUGAAGUUAUUUAAAUUUUAGUAUCAUUUAAACUUUUAGAAAUUAAA